GCUCGAUUGAAGUGGCUCACUGGCUUGAGCGUGAACAGAGACAGAGGUGUUAACCAUUUCCUUCCUAAUACCAGACCCGGCGCUGCUCUAGCUGCCAUUGUUGCAAGGCUUUCUCUCUUCUUAGUGAAUAUUUCUUACUUCGUUAGUGAGAAAAGGAUAGAAUGUCUCUGAGUCAAGAUGCAUCUCAAGUUCGACCAAAGGCAGAGUGGACACCAUCACGUGAUGCAUAUUUGGUUCAACUUUUUGUCGAGCAAUAUAAUAGUGGAAAAACAUCUCUGAAUGGAUUGAAACCUGAGGUUUUUAAAGAUGUUGCAAGGGAUUUUAAUGAAAAGUUUGCCCUGAAUUUUGAAGAUAGACAGAUAAAAAACCGGUAUAAUGUAUUGAAGAAAGAUUAUGGCAUUGUUAAAACCCUGCUUAGCACUAGUGGAUUUAGCUGGGAUGAAACUCGACAAGUGGUUGUUGCUCAAGAUGAUGUUUGGGAGCGUUACACUGUGGUACAUAACGAGGCAAAGGCCUUUCGACGCAAGGGGUUUCCAUUGUAUAAUCAAUUGUCCAUAAUUUUUGGAGGUGCAAGAGCCAAUGGAAAGUGUCAAAUUUCAAGCGGGGCACAAGCAACACCAGAAGAGGGAAAUAGCAACACUGAAACAUUCCAAGCCUCUGAACCCACCGCCCAACCAGCUCAAGAAGCUAAUGCUAACCUGGAGAAAUCCAGUUCAAGUUUUGAUUCAAUAUUUAACGUAGAGGAAACACAACCCAAGAAACGUGGAUCUGAUGUUCCAACAAGUUCACAUCGCAGUAAAAGAGUGCGUAGAAAAGCUGAAGACAAAAUAGCGGAUGCACUUCAUGAAAUAGCAAUGGCAUCCAAACUCAGAGCAACUCGAAAGGCCGAAUUAAAUGAGAAAACAUUAUAUCAGAAAUGUAUAGAAGAGUUGCAAGAAAUACUGGAGUUAGAUGACUCGGAGUUCGCAAAAGCGGUAAAUGUUCUCAAGGAAGAUAAGAAUGCUAUUGCUUUUAUUACAAUAAAAGGCCCUCGCCGUUUGACCUGGUUGAGGUCAUUAUGGUCAGCACAAUAACCUUGUUACAUGUAAUACCACUCUUUCAUAAUUUUCAGGUCAUGAUUUUUUUAAGGCUCUUUUGUCAUAUUCUGAAUGGUAGGUAAUCUAUCUUAACAUGUUUAGGAUGUGGGAAAUGAGAUGUAUGUCUUUGUAACUUGAUUUUUUUUUUUUUCCUUUUCUACUCUGACCAGGAGGGGUGGUUAAAGACAUUGUAACUUGAUUUGCUUUCUUACAGAAAAAGGUUCUGAGGUGCUUUAGAUAUGCA